AUGCCUGUUGUCGACACCAAGGGCGAUAGUGAUCUUACGCCGCUAUCCUCCGCUGCUGCUGUGGCAUGGAAGUGCUGCAUUCACUCAACAGCACCACUCCUCGGGGACUCCGGCGCACGACUAAGCAUUGUCGUUAUUGACACUCAUAGCGAGCUAAGGAGUACUAUCUUUGAGGUCGACUCGUGGCGCCCACCGAAGGAGAUCACCCGCAGCGAUGGCACCAUCGGCUGGGAACGCGAGGGCGCGAUUUUCCUGCCAGCCGAAAUUAAGUCCCCAGGAGCAGUGCUGGUUCGCAAGCAGGAUAACCAACACGGCGAGCUUUCGCAGGAUUACAUUGCCUCCAUAGACCUCACCUGCGCCACCUCCGUCCAUACCAUCACCGCCAACAGCUGGGUUUCCUCAGAUCACGGUUGGCGUGUGUUUUUCUCGGGAGUUGCCUACCUGCCCAAGGACACGCCCCCGACCCUGGCAGAUGAGCGCCGGGACGAGCUGCGGGCUCUGCAGGGUACCCCUGAGACUCGUCUGGAGAAACGGAAGGACACGGACCGAAUUUACUGGUACCAGGUGUACAGCGAUCUCAGCUCCGGCAAGACUGGCGCCCUUGUUCGUCCCAACCUGGGAGAUUCCAAGGCCCUGCCAUACCCUCGCCGUCUCGCCACCAACCGCGGUGAUGAGCGGGAUGGAAGGGAGAAGGCACCCCAGCAAGGCAAAGACCUGUGGCUGCCGCUGGAUGAUCAGUUCAGUUUUGACAAGUCCUCUGACUUCAAUGGAGCAGCCCUCCAGGGGUCCCUGGCAGCCGCUAUUGCAACAAUUGCAGAGGCUGCCAACGCAAGCAGUCGCUCCCCCGUCACCCUACUGCCCACGCUGGUCAUCGGAGCCGCCAGGCAGGUCCUGGGCAAGAUACUGCCCGGAGUGGAGAGCCCCCUGGACAACUUCGAGGACUUCAAGGAUGUCAUUGCGAUGUACAAAAAGUCUAGCGGCUCCUUCAAGAGCCUCCUCCCCACGGACCUCUAUCCCCAGGGCGCAAACGGCGGUGCUGCUGCUGACAUGGACGGGAAGCCAUCAAAGGUGUCACCGUUCAAGUCAGCUGACGGCGGUUGGGAAUUCCAGCUGAACAAGGAGGCGGCGGCCAAGGUGGACAGCUACACGGCCGAGAUGAGGGUGGGCCCUGUGUACGGAUCUGCUACCGGCACCCCAGCUGCUCGCAGCUUCUUCGCAAAGGAUUCCAAGCCCGGAGCGAGCAAGACGGACGAGCGGCUCGGAUCAAAGCUAUGGAACUUGGUGACUGGCAAUACACCCACCAUCAACAACCUCCUGUAUUUUAACCCUCCCCGCGUGCUGGAUGGUCGCCCGGACGCCUGGCACUGCGACCUGGAGUUUGGUCGCCAGGCCGUGGCAGGUUACAACCCGUGUGUCAUCACCGCCCUCACAAAACUGCCAGAGAGCUUUGGAAGCGCAAUUCGGGGGGAGCACAUCAAUGGUAUGACUGACCUGCAGGGGGCCACCCUGGAGCAGUUGGUUUCGGAGGCGGCGGCGGGCGGCAAGCCCCGGUUGUACUCAAUUGACUAUUGGGAUCUGUCGGCUUUCUGGGAGGCAGCGGCCAACGAGCAAAUCAAGGAUGUGGUCCAGCACGCGGGCCGUGCCAUCCUCUACCUGCGGAAGGAUGAGCAGGGCAAUGAUGCGGGCCUUAUCCCCGUGGCCAUCGAGCUAGCCCAUUCCAAGACCCACGCGAAGAACCCUGGUCUGGCCCGCACUGCCGGCCAGGUUUACUCUCGCUCCCAGCUCUCCGCUGACACCGCCACUCUAGCUGUGUGGCGACUCGCUAAGAUGAUCUUCAAGUCGCUGGACUCGUCGUUCCACCAACUGAUCAGCCACUGGAAUCGCACCCACUGCGUGCUGGAGCCGUUCUUCAUCGCCCUUCGGCGACAUGUUAGCGUCAUGCAUCCGGUAUACAAGCUGAUGCUGCCGCACUUCCGCUACACCUUGAACAUCAAUCGUAACGCUCGCUCGGGCCUAAUCAACGCGGGCGGAAUCAUAGAGAAGUCCUUUUCUGCGGGGCCUUAUGCCAUGCGCCUAGCAUCCGUUGUGUACGGCAAGUACUGGAACUUCGCCACGGAGGCUCUUCCGGAGGACCUCAAGACCCGGGGUAUGGUGGAUCCCACUGGCAAGCCCUGGCUCGAUUAUCCGUACGCCACUGACGGCUUGGAUCUGUGGAACGCACUGACGUCGUACUUCGACACGUACCUGAAGCUGUACUACAAGAGUGAUGAGGAUGUGAAGGGGGAUACGGAACUGCAGGCUUGGUGGCAUGAGGUCAAGACCGAAGGCCACCCCGAUCUCAUCCGCUUUGGACUCCGCCCCGGGGCCGAAACCCAGCUCUGGGGUUUUGAGGGUCCUAUCCCUUCCGUACAGCAGCUUGUACGGGUGCUCGUCACCAUUGCCUGGCUGGCGUCAGGCCAUCACGCUGCGGUCAACUUUGGGCAGUACGACUACACGAGCUUCGUCCUCAACGCUUCUUCGUUGGUACGGCGGCCCAUGCCGGCGCCGGGGGAUGAGGGCUGGGAGGAGCUGACACGCGCCCGCGUCGGUCCCACCCAGGAGGGUAUUCUUAUGAUGUACCUCGCUGACCCGCUCACCGCCAUCACGGUCGCCGCCACUGUCAAGUUGUUGUCAAGUCACGCCAGGGAUGAGCACACUCUGGAUGAGGUCAACGAACAGCUUGUGGAUCCCGCUGCCCGCGAGGCAAACCGGGCUUUCAUCGGCGCCAUGAAGCGCCUGGAGGAAACCAUUGAAAUGAGGAAUGCGGACGUGGCUAACUGGGCCCGAUUUGGCCUGGCGACAGAUGACACAGCCGGCCCGCUGCCGUACACGCUACUUGUGCCGGGCUCGCAGGCGGGCGUUACGAUGCGCGGCGUGCCGUACUCGGUUUCCAUCUAA